AUGGAGAAUAUGGGGUUUUCUAACAGAUUGAGAUGGAUUAUGGAAUGUGUGAAAACAAUUAAAUGCUCAAUCAUUGUUAAUGGUGAACCAACACCUCCUAUUGAUGCUGCUAAAGGACUUAAACAAGGGGAUCCUAUGUCCCUUUUUCUACUUGCCAUGGAAUAUUUAAGUAGUGGUCUAAAUAUCCUAACAGAAACCUACGUUGCUCGGAGUCUUCAAAAAUGGCAGCGGGUGCAUGUUGGAUUCUCCAAAAGUAGUGUAUUUUUGGAGAAUCCGACAUGGUUACUUCUAUCCAACAAGUCUUUAAUAGGUUCUCUGCAUCCUCUGGACUACAAGAAAACCUGCACAAAAGUUCUGCGUUCCUUUUUUCUUUUUUUGGGGGGGAGGGGCUCAUUUGCUGUUAGAAAUCAAAGUUUGGCCCAACAUGAAUUUACUCAUGGAGAAAUGCCUUUUAGAUAUUUGGGUGUACCUCUGCCAACUGAGAAGAUGUCUCUUAUGCAAUGGCAGCCACUCAUUGAUUAG